AUGGUCAGCACAGAGCAUAGUAAUUAUGACGUAAACUUUCUUCCGAGGUACUUCCGGCCAGGUUCUCAACAUUCUCACCUCAGAAUACUAGUGCUCAGCCCGCUUCUCGACCCCUCCAAAGACAUCUUCCGGCUAAAUUUAUUGCCAGCCACGCGCGCCCACAACCUAUCUGGACCAUCCGGCUCCGCAAACACUGGACACGCGUGA